CCCGGUAUAAACGCGGCCGGACGCGCCGGGCACCGGCUGCUGCAGACGCGACGCGACGCUGCCACCAUGCCUCUGUCUCAGAGCAGGGCUGGGCAGAUGCCAUGCAGCAGCAAGGUGUGCAGGAACCUCUUUGGCCCUGUGGACCACCACCAGCUCCAGAAUGACUUUGAGGACCUGCUGAGGCAACACCUGGAAGAAGCUCAGCAGCGCUGGAACUUCAACUUUGAGACAGAGACUCCCUUGGAAGGACACUUCAAGUGGGAGAGGGUCUUCCUGGCCAAGCAGUCGCCCCAGGAGGUCCCCAGCCUGACCAAGGCCACCAGCAGUGAGAGCAGGAGCCCCUUGGUCCACAAGGUCCCCUCCAAGGACCAUCCUGGUGGGCUUUGCCCUGGGGGAUCGCAGCAGAGCUCGGAGGGUUGCAGGGCUGGUUCCCCACAGAGCCUGAAACGUGGGCAGACCGUGGUCAAAGACUUCUACAGCUGCAAGAGGAGGACGCUCCCUGCCGAGCCCAAGCCCCCAGCCCGCGACGGGGCCCCGGCUGCUGAGGACAGCUGCUGAUGCUGACGUGUCCUGGGGGUGUCUGUGGCUCCUUCCCCCACCCUGUACCGUGUAAACUGUCUGUAGGAAGUGAUGUAGAGUCUGUAGUUCCCUAUUUAUGAGUCACUCUGGGGUCCUGAGGGACCUGCUCCACGUGCAAUGUUGAGGAGUAGCCCACGUUGAGGCUUCGCAGCCCCACGGAGGGGAUGGAGAAGGACUGAAAGGGGUCUGGUGUCCAGAAUCCUCAUGGUGCUGGGGCCAAGCAUUGUCCUUGCCCCAUCCUGCUGUCCAGUCCUGAUGCCUGGCCACAGAGGACACGUGUGUCCCAGCCUCCUGAUGCCACCAGAUGGCCUUAAGAGUCAGCACCAGGCUGAGGACACCCUGGUUCCUGCCAUGUGGUGGUGGCCCUUUUCCCAGCAGGAUGGGUGCAGGGGUGCCAAGCCCUUGUCCCUGCAGAGUGCCACAGGGGCUGCCUGGGAGGAAAAGCUGCUCCCUGCAGCCCUUCCCUGGGCUGACUCACGGGGCUGUCACCCCUCAGACAGGCUGCACACGGGGACAGACCCGCUGCCCGUCCCAGCACUCGGCUCAUGGUGGCACCAGCGCUGCCCAGGAGGCUUUGGGCUUCCCUGGACCCUGCUGGGGCCCCUCACUGCCUGACCUGGCUGUUGGUUCCCUGGUUCCUGCCUCCUUCAGACACUGAGCAGCCUGGGGAGCUGCCUGUGCUGGGCUGCUCCAGGGCAGGAAUCACCACCCUGCUCACCACCAAGGAUGACACCAACAGAAGGAAUUGUAGCUGCUUUUUUCCCUCCUGGACUCUUUCCCCUUUGGGGCUGAGGAGAGAGAGAGAGAACCUGCACUUGGCUCUGCAGAGAGAGCAGCUUUGGUCACCCCAGAGCCAGGGCUGUCCUGUCCCAGGGCUCAGGUGAGUCCAGCUCUCAGCACUGUCAGGUCUCAGCACUUUGGUGGGGUUCAUCUCCUGCUCUGCUGGAUUUGGACUCUGGAAACUGGUGCAAGUUGUUUCCAGGCAGAAAAGGGCUGUGCUGGGCUCAGCCUCCCACCUUGCACCAUGAUGCACUUUGCUGCCAGUGGAGCUGGCCAGCUCCCAGCACUAAAUCCUUAUUUAUAUGAGAAGGAAAAUGCCUGUUGAGUGUGGGGGGAAGGGGAAACACCUGAUUGUCUCUCAAUGUUACCUCUGAAUAAAUGCUUGUGUGAGGGAA